AUGGAACAUUACUGCCUGCGGUACCGCCACACCGCCCCGCUGCUCAUGUGGCUGGACCUCCGUCAUCCACUCCGUCCGCCUUACCUUCUGAUCUUCUCUCCAUCUAUCGCCUACGUACGCACUUCCGAGGACGCCCUCGAAUACUCUCGACUGUUUCACCGACUCCUCCUCUUUCUCUCAGCCCUUCCGCCCUUUCAAUCCGGUCGCCUCCUCGAUCCGGCCAUGGCCUCCCGACCAGCAGCAGGAGCCCGUCCCGGGGCCAAAUUCGCUCAGUUUAAGCUCGUCUUGCUCGGAGAAUCCGCCGUGGGAAAGAGUUCCCUUGUUUUGAGAUUCGUCAAGGACCAAUUCGACGACUACCGCGAGUCCACAAUCGGCGCCGCCUUCCUGACACAGACCAUUUCCCUCGAUGAGAGUACCACAGUCAAGUUCGAAAUUUGGGAUACCGCCGGCCAGGAGAGAUACAAGUCUUUGGCUCCGAUGUAUUAUCGAAACGCCAACUGUGCUGUCGUGGUGUAUGACAUCACUCAAGCUUCGUCACUCGAUAAGGCUAAGUCCUGGGUGAAGGAGCUUCAACGGCAAGCGAAUGAGAAUAUUGUGAUUGCUCUGGCAGGCAAUAAGCUUGAUCUCGUCACCGAGAGUCCCGAUAAGCGGGCUAUUCCCACCGCAGAUGCAGAGGCCUAUGCCCGCGAAGCCGGGCUUCUCUUCUUUGAGACCUCCGCCAAAUCCUCGAUGAAUGUGCGGGAAUUGUUCACAGCCAUCGCGAAGAAGCUCCCUCUCGAUCAGGCUGGUCCUCGGAACCUGCGGGCAGCGCCCCGCCCCGGUGUUGACCUGCGACCUGAAGCUCCGGGCACCCAAGGCGCAGGUGCAUGCAACUGCUAA